GCUCUUGCUUUUGUCCAAACAAUAACCUCAAACUUUGGUGCCCUGGGAACUUCCAUGGAAACUCAUGGGGGGAUUUGAUUCAUGUCCUUUUCCUUAUAAAAAGAGAAAAAGAGAGUGACUGAUAAAGAGAAGGCUGACCAAAGGACUUUCUUCUUUUUCAAGCCAAGAAGAUCUGAAGCCAUGAUAAUGAGAUGGAUCUUCUUCCUCUUGGCUGGUUUGAUGGUACUGAGUGGCCGUUGUGUAGCAAGGUCUCGUGGAAAGAAAUUCGUCACAGCUUUCCUACUUAACCUCUGGGAAAGCCAACCCAAUGCUCAGUUUGAGCUGCUUAUCACUGGAUAUCGUCCUGCAACCACUGUCACAGUGACAACAAAAAGGCCCAGUUUUGAGAAAACCAUUUCUGUCAGUGCAGGACAAACAGUCUCUGUUAAACUCCCAAGCACUUUAGAGAUGCUGCAAACCGGCAUCUAUAAUAAAACUGCAUUGAUUGAAGCUAACAAAGACAUCUCAGUAUUGGCUCGCAACUACAAGGACUAUUCCAUUGGUGCCACUAUUGUGUAUCCAGUUGAGCAGCUCGGCACAGUGUAUUAUGUCGUGACACCAAGCGGUAAUCUGCCUAACACUUUCAAGGAAUUUGCAGUUGUAUCCUAUCAAACUCCCACCAGGGUUGACAUUCACCUAACUGGAGCUGUUGAAUACAAAGGACACAUUUAUCCGAGGGGAAGCACACUUGUUGCUAAUCUCCAGGCCUUCCAAGCAAUCCAGAUCCAAAGCUCAGAAGAUUUAUCUGGCACCAGGGUUGACUCCAAGGAAGCUGUGGCCGUCUUCACUGGGCACAGUUGUGCUCAGAAAAACACAGCCUGCGACCAUGUUGUGGAACAGCUUCUUCCUGUUUCCAGCUGGGGAACCACCUUCAUCGUCCCUCCUCUGUCGUUCCAAACCAAAACUGACAUUGUAUAUGUUGUUGCUUCUCAAAACACUUUGAUGAAGUACCAGUCUACGCUCACAGAAGGUUCUCAUGACAUGGUAGCUGGGCAAGUUAUUCAAUUGGAAAUGCAAAGUUUGCAACCGUUUCAUAUCUCUGCCAAUGCUGGACUCCAGGUUGUGCUUUUCUUCACUGGAGUGGCAACUGGAAAUACAUCUUAUGAGCAACUAAUACCCUUGCUAGCUGAUGCACCUAAGGAAAGUAGACUCUACGAUCCAUUCCUUGUCAAUAUACCAGAUUUAACAAAUUAUUGUAGACUGUUCCACAUUGAUGGGAUGAGGCAGAAUGAUAACUAUGCUGUCCUCAUAGCCAAUACUUCAGAAUCCAGCCAGAUUAAACUAGCAAAAAGGGCCAUUGAAAAUAUACACUGGAGGCCAAUUCCUGGCACAGAAUAUUCUUGGGCUGAAUAUCUUAUAGGUUCAGAAACAAAUGCCCUCUCUGCAGAGCACCCCACUUCUCCUUUUGGGCUCAUCAUCCUUGGAGGCUUGUACCGCAAUGGCUAUGGCUCUGGGGCCCUUUGCUCCUGCAAAUCAGUGCCAGAGUCUUCGGCCAAAAAGCCAAAAGGGUCGGCAUUAACCUCUUCUGUCCCAAAGAUCAAAGAACCGCUUCUGUACCCUUAUGGGAGGGACCAUGGUGACACAAGGAACCCCAAGUCAGAUGAUGGGGUGUCUCCAGAGAUUUCCACAGCAGUGCCUUUCCCCUUCUAUGGCAAGGCAUACAACUCUAUCUAUGUGGAUAACAAUGGGCUGAUCUCCUUUAGUGCAACAGUUCCAGAGUUUGCCGGGACACCUGACGCUUUACCUCUGAAUGGGGGGCCACCUGUUGUCGCUCCAUUUUGGGGUGAUGUCUACAAUCCUAUCAGUGGGGAUGUCUUCUGGAGGCAAACCCAGGACCCGAAGCUCCUUCAACGCUGCACUGAAGAAAUCAAUCAGUACUACCCCGAGAUGUCUUUCAAAGCCACGUGGGCUUUUGUUGCUACAUGGGACCGAGUGGCCUAUUUUGGAUCCAAAUCAAAGAAAGUCAACACAUUUCAGGCUGUCUUGACUACCAAUGAGGAAUUGUCCUUCAUCACAUUGAAUUAUGCAGAUAUUCAGUGGACGACGGGGACAUCGAGCAGUGGAGAUGCUAAGACAGGCCUUGGAGGAAUCGCAGCACAGGCUGGAUUCGACAAUGGAGACAAGACAAAUUAUUAUAUCAUGCCUGGUUCCCGGACUUCUGAUAUUCUCAAUAUAACAAAAAUAAGCAAUAUGAAUUACCCAGGUCGCUGGGUAUUCCAAGUGGAUGAAUAUGUGACUGACCACACCAUGGACUGUUUUGUCUGAGCAGGACAACUGGAUCAACUCAGUCCUACAGGCCUCUGCCUUAGGGCAGUGGUUCUCAACCUUCAUAAUGCUGCGACCCCUUAGUACAGUUCUUCAUGUUGUGGUGACCCCCAAACGUAACAUUAUUUUCAUUACUACUUCAUAACUGUCAUUUUGCUCCCAUCAUGAAUCAUCAUGUAAAUACCUGAUAUGUAGGAUGUAUUUUCAUUCACUGGACCAAAUUUGACACCAAAUUUGACACAAAUACCCAAUAUGCCGAAAUUUGAAUACCGAUGGGAUCAGGGAAGGGGGAGUCAUUUUGUCAUUUGGGAGUUGUAGUUCACCUACAUCCAGAGAGUACUGUGAACUCUAACAAUGAUGGAUCUGGACCAACUUGGCAUGAAUAUUCAAUAUGCCCAAAUGUGAAUACUGCUUGGGAAAAACAGACCUUGACAUUUGGGAGUUGUGGUUACUGGGAUUUAUAGUUCACCUACAAUCAAAGAGCAAUCUGAACUCCACUAAUGAUGGAAUUGAUCCAAACUUGGCACACAGAACUCCCAUGGCCAACAGAAAAUACUGAAAGGGUGUGGUGGGCAUUGACCUUG